AUGAAGUUUGCAUUCUUCUGUCUUAGAUGUGCAAAAAUAGAAUAGGCUGUAACACUUGUAGAAUAAGCAUUAUCUUUUGAUGGUCAUAAUCAAUAAAAUUAAUUACUAUUAGCUGGUUUAUAUUAAAAAAGAGAAAAGAUUUCAGAAGCUAAAUUUAUUUUGGAAUUAUUAUUAGAUUAAGAUCCAAAUAAUCUAAUUUAUCAUCUUUUUUACAAUCUUAUUAUUUAAUAAUAAGAUUAAGAAUUAGCAGAUUUCAUGAUGCAAAAAGCAGAGAGAAUAUGGCUUAGACAACUGAAUCUAAUUAAAUAAGAAGGAAUGCAUCAUGAAGAUCCUUAGCUAUUUGAUCUUCCUUGGAUUAAGAUUCCUAUUCCAGUUCCAGAUAAACCUGAAAAAGAUAAAGCAAUUUUAGAACAAAGAGAAUAAUAAAGAAUUGCUUGGGAGAAUGCUCAUAAUUAACCAUAAUUGACUGAAUAAUAAUAGGAUCAGAUGAUAUUGUAACUGGUGGAAUUCUUUGAGAAUGCUUGCCUUUUUGAGUUGGCUGAAUAAUCAUUGAGUCUUUUAAAUGAUCAAUCUCAUAAUAAAAUUACUAUGUUAAGAGCUAAGAUAUACUUAUAUAAGUCUGAAUAUGCUCAGUGCUUGGAUUUAAUUGAAAAUAUGCUAGAAUUUAAUCCUGAAGACUUGGAUAUACGUAUUGAAUACAUAAAAGUAUUGUUUAAGAGUCAAGAUUUUGAUAAAUGUGAAAAAUAGAUUAAAUUCGUAUUACCAAAUCCCUAACUAAGAGAGGAUCCGAUUAUUUAUUUUAGUAUGUAUUUGAUGUUGGGUUCAAUUUAUAUAAAUGAAAAAUAAUUUGGGAAUGCUAGAGCAGUAUUCACAAAAGCUUGUUAAAUUAAGGAUAAUUCAUCAUUGUCUUGGAUGGGAUUGGGUAUAUCUUCUCAUGAAUGCGGAAAGUAUAAAGAGGCAGAAGAUGCCUUAAGAAUGGCUAAUCUUUAUGAACCUACAAAUGAUACGGUCUGGGGAUAUAUUGCUUUAAAUUGUUUAAAGGAUGGUAAAAGGUUCAGAGAUGCUAAUUCAGCCUUGAAAGAGAUGAAUAAAACUGAUGCUGGAUAAGUAAAUUUAAUGGUUCGCUUAAGCAAAGAGUUUUAUAAUAUCGAAGAAUAUUUAACAGCUAAAGAAUUAUUACAAAAGGCCAUAAACUGGGCUAAGAUUUAAGAUAUGCUUACUGAGGAAAUUAAUUAAUUUGAAAUAUAAUUAGCAGAAACAAAUGAAAAGCUUGGGUAACUCUAAUAAGCUCUAGAUAUUUAUUAAGAGAUUUUAAAUGGAGAGUGCGGAUCUUUGGAAGAACACUUAAAAUAAUAAAUAAAUAGACUACAUUUCCAAAUCAAUAUAAAGUAUUGA